GCUUCCCUCCUUCCAUCUUCGCCGAGCAGCCGCCGCCGCCAUGGCCGCCCGCUGCCUGCUCCGCGCCCUGCCGCUCCUGGCCGCCCUGUGGCAGGGAGUCGCGCGGGGGAACCAGGAGCUGCGCCCCCCGCCCGCCAGGAUAGGUAGGGAGCGGCGGAGGGGGGGCGGCUGGGGCCGGAGGAAAGAAAGGGGCGGCGGGGGGGGGCGGGGAAGGGGACCCUCUGCCACCUCGUUACCAGGUGCUUACUAGGCAAGGUGCUUAAGGGCAAAGACGCAAACACACACAUCUUUGCAAUUGCACCUGCGCGCACACUCGUGCAUUGAGGCAAAGGUGCCUUGGAGCAUGUGCAGAGCGCUCAGCUUCCAGAGUGUUACAGGCGUAAGAGGGGAAAGGCGCUCUGCAACUUGCCUUUAUGAUCUUGAUUGCAAUAGCCUUUGUUUUUGAAGUUGGGGUUCCCCACACGGAUGUUGACAAAGAUGAGAUAUAACAGAGUCGUCCCUUCAUUUCAAAGGGGGCUGGCUCCCUGGCCACACAUUCGUCCUUGGAGGUGGAUCUGCUUUCAGGAACACCCAACUAAGUUUGGAAACUGAGUUUGAGAUCCUCAGAUCUUGCGGAGAACUUCAGGCGGAUGCAAAUUCUCAGCCCUGUGCCCCAUUGUGAUAGGAAAAGCUCUGUGGGGUGAAUUUUCACAUCCAUGCAAAUCACAGGACAUUCAGCACGCAUCGCUUCAGCAUCUCAUUAAUGCAGACAAAAUGCCACCUUUAAAAUUCUAGUUUCCUUACUAGGAGACCAUGGGCAAAAAGGGGAGGCCUUUUUACUGGGCCAUGGCAACCAGCAGAAAAUAGGGAAAUGGGUUUUUCUUGCCACCCCUCCUCCUGAGCCUGGCAUCAUGUACUUGGGAGUUCACCCUUUGAGGAAACUCAAUUCCCAAUAACCGUGAGCUGCUACAUGUGCUUGUGCAGACAUGCAUUUCACAUGAAACUUCAGUUACGGUAGGUGUAAAGUUAAAAAUUGUAUUGAAGCAAAUAAUGCUUUGCUACACAAAGUUCCGCCAGCCCUAUUGGGACAUGACUUUCUGUGCGCCAUUGACUCAUGGGCUUGUGAAACAUGUGCUGACCCUAACUGGAAACCCACAUGUGGCUCUUUGAAACAAGCUAGUCCAGUUUUUCCUUUAGAAAAUGCUUACACCAAACUGCUUACACCAGUUGGACAACUUAUAUGGGAGAAAGACCUGCACGUGCAAAUAAAGGAUUCUAAAUGCUAUGUACCAUAAUAAUAAUAAUAAUAAUAAUAAUAAUAAUAAUUUGUUGCCACUCUGGGCAACUUCCAACAAAAUUUUAAAAUGCAAUAGUCCGUCAAACAUUAAAAGCUUCCCUAAACAGGGCUGUCUUUAGAGGUCUUCUAAAAGUCUGGUUUUUCGCUUUGACAUCUGGUGGGCGGGUGCCACUACCGAGAAGGCCCUCUGCCUGGUUCCCUGUAACUUGGCUUCUCGCAGUGAGGGAACCGCCAGAAGGCCCUCAGCGCUGGACCUCAGUGUCCGGGGAGAACGAUGGGGAAGUUUUUAAAGUUUAAUGUUUUAUCAUGUUUUUAAUAUUCUGUUGGGAGCCGCCCAGAGUGACUGAGGAAACCCAGCCAGAUGGGCAGGGUAUAAAUAAUAAAUUAUUAUUAUUAUUAUUAUUACUCUCAGGAACUCCUGGGACAUACCUUUAUGGUAGAUUGGUGAUGCUCUUAAAUGGCAUGCAAGUUUUUCACAGUGAUCGCACAGUGCCCUUGGCAUUAAAAUGCCAGUCUGCACCCCUCCCCCUGCUAUUUAAUCUAGAUCUACUUUUUCCUUGAAAUAUCCAGUAAGUUUUUUAAACAAACAAACUGUUGUCAGAGACCUUUUAAUCUAUUCCGGAGGUCCGUUUGUAAACCAAAACAGGUUGUAACCCAAGGAGCACUUUCGCCAAUGGGGCCUUCAAAAAAAAUUUGUUCGUAAUCCAAAAAAAAAAAAGGGUUGUAAUCCAAAAAAAGUUCGCAAACCGGGACACGCAUGUCCGGGUUUGACGUAUUUGUAAUCCAAAAUAUAUGCAAACCAGACUGUUCGCAAACCAAGGUACCACUGUAUUAAACCUCUGCCUGGACUUCCAUUGCUCAUUACAGUUUACAGUGGUACCUCGGGUUACAUACGCUUCAGGUUACAGACUCCGCUAACCCAGAAAUAGUACCUCGGGUUAAGAACUUUGCUUAAGGAUGAGAACAGAAAUCGUGCUCCGGCAGCGCGGCAGCAGCAGGAGGCCCCAUUAGCUAAAGUGGUGCUUCAGGUUAAGAACAGUUUCAGGUUAAGAACGGACCUCCGGAACGAAUUAAGUACUUAACCCGAGGUACCACUGUAUUUAAGUGGUUCAAAACUCUUUCAGGCCACUGUGCCCUUGCUUCCAAAAACACAUCCCUUGGGCCUGAUCCAGCAGGGUCUUCUGAUGUUCUUAUAGAAUUACAGAAUUGUAGAGGAGGAAGGGACCCCGAGGGUCAUCUAGUCCAGCCCAGUGCAAUGCAGGAAUCUCGACUGAAGCAUCCAUGACAGAUGGCCCUCCAACCUCUGCAUAAAAAGCUCCCAGGAAAGAGAGUCCACCGCCUUCCGAGGGAAUCUUAUGCAGGUUACCUUAUUCUGAGUUCUGUUGAAAGGAAUUAAAUACAGGAAAAUUAACUUAAUUCCAGGUGUGAUUGGAGCUGGCGUCGGGGGCACAUCUGCAGCCUAUUUCCUGCGCCAGAAGUUUGGUAAAGACAUCCAGAUUGAUAUCUUUGAGAGAGGAGAAGUUGGAGGCCGUGCAGCUACUAUCAAUUUGGAAGGGAAAUCCUACGAAGCAGGAGGAUCCGUCAUCCACCCCCUUAACCUGCACAUGAAACAUUUUGUGAAAGAGCUAGGUAUGGACACCUUAUUUUCCCUAGGAGCAGGUUUCAUCCCUGCUCCUUUGUUCUUAUGCCAGUGGAAACUGUUUUGGUUCCAUUUCACACCAAUGAAAAGGCUACAGUGCAGCCUUCUCUGCCCACCAGAUGUGUUGGAUUACAAUUCCUAUCCACUCCAGCCAGUUAUAGUCUAAAACAUCUGGAGGGCCCAAUGUCUGGGAAGGUUGCUAUAAUUAAUUUGGAGGAAAUGGGAGGGGCAUUUUCUUUCUGGGGGUGCCGUGGUGCAAAGAUCCCUCCUGCGCCCCUCCCUUCCCAGAGUUGACCUUUUUUUAGGGCUGGAGGAGGCGGGCAGCGGCUGGAGGGUGGCUUCUCUGGCAGGGAAGAGGCAGAGGCUGGAUGCGGCGCCUCCUGGCUCAACUGGACGCCUUGUGCUGUGAUGGCCACAGCAGGCAGCACACCGAGCGAGCUGGCCUGCGCUGAGCAAGCGAGGGUGCAUGCGCCGCUCCCGCCAAGCAUUGGCUCUGUUUUUUCCCUUUUAGCCUUCUGGCGCCCCGCAGAAUUUGGCGCCUGAAGGCUAAAAGGGAAGAAACAGAGCCGACGCUUGGCGGGAGUGGCGCACGCACCCUUGCUCACUCAGCGCACUCAUUUGGUGUUCCCCUGACUCUCGCCUAGCACCAUCCAGAACUUUGCACUCUGGGACCCUGCGCCACUAGCCUUAAUGGGUAAGAUGGGGCUGUGCUUCUGUGUGUGACAAGUCUGGGUAUCUCUGCUUUACUUCCUCUCAAAAUGUAAGCUGUAAGCCACAGUCACAAGAAUAAGAUGGGUACAUCUCAGGUGUCAAAAGCCAAGGUAAAGAGGUGUGUCUUCCACACUUGCCAGAAGCUUCUCUCCACCACAGAAAAGGCCCUUUCCUGGACUGCAUCCCCCUAUGCCAUUCUUAGCACCCAAGUGUGUCAGUAGAGAAGGAGACAGUCUUUCAUGUAUCUGGGGUUGUUUAGUGAGUAGUUUAGGGCUUUAAAUACUCAUGUGAGCACCUUGAUUUAGGCUCGGAAAUAAACCAACAACAAGUGCUGUUGUUUUAAAACACUGGUUUUAUGAGAUCUGAAUCAGAUCUACGUAAAGUGUGACAAGUUCCGCAAUACAGUCGUACCUUGGAUCCCGAAUGCCUUGGUGCUUGGAUGUUUUGGCUCCUGAGCGCCGCAAACCUGGAAGUGAGUGUUUCGGUUUGCAAACAUUCUUUGGAAACCGAACGUCCAACGUAGCUUCCGCAGCUUCCAAUUGGCUGCAGGAAGCUCCUGCAGCCAAUCGGUAGCCGUGCUUUGGUUUAUGAACGUUUUGGAAAUCAAACAGACUUCUGGAACGGAUUCCGUUCGACUUCCAAGGUACGACUGUAGUCACAUGGCAGAAAGGAAAUGAACAUUCCCCACCCUCUCAAGAUUUCUGAAAAAGACACAAGUGAACAGCAGACUUAGGUAAAGGGACCCCUGACUGUUAAGUCUAGUCGUGGCCGACUCUGGGGUUGCGGCGCUCAUCUCGCUUUACUGGCCGAGGGAGCCGGCGUUUGUCCACAGCUUCCGGGUCAUGUGGCCAGCAUGAUUAAGCCGCUUCUGGCGAAUCAGAGCAGUGCACGGAAACAUCGUUUACCUUCCCGCUGGAGUGGUACCUAUUUAUCUACUUACACUUUAACGUGCUUUCGAACUGCUAGGUUGGCAGGAGCAGGGACCGAGCAACGGGAGCUCACCCCGUUGCGGGGAUUCGAACCGCCUACCUUCUGAUUGGCAAGUCCUAGGCUCUGUGGUUUAACCCACAGCGUCACCCGAGUCCCAGAACAGCAGACUUACUGGAGUUCAAAUUUAAAAAUACGAGUUCCCAUUAAAUCCUGUGUCUGAUAGAGAGGCCUGUGUGCACCCAUCCUUCACCCACCAAAUCUCAAACGGAUGCAGAGUUCUCACCCUGCUGCCCCAGUGUCAACUCAGACUUUCUCCCAGUUCACAAGCUGUGCUUUCAAACCUGCAGGUCUUAACGUCCAUCAAAGUCAAGGUGGCCUUUUGGGCAUCUACAAUGGAGAUGAGUUUGUCUUUGAGGAGAGCAGCUGGUACAUUUGGAAUUUUCUCAAGCUCCUCUGGCAUUACGGACUGAAUCCUGUGCGGAUGUACAUGUGGGUAGAGGAUGUGCUAGACAAAUUUAUGAGGUAAGUCUGCCUGUCUCAAUGCAGGCCCCCUGCCCACCCACCCUGGCAAGGCACCUAUAGCCACUGCACCUUUCUCUGACACCUGUGGGGCUCCAGCCCUUGCCAGUACUUUUGAAACACCUGGCAAAGGCUGCCUUAACCCCAAACUGGAAUGGUUUAUUCCAUGGGUAGGCAAACUAAGGCCCGGGGGCCGGAUCUGGCCCAAUCGCCUUCUAAAUCCGGCCCGCGGAUGGUCCGGGAAUCAGCAUGUUUUUACAUGAGGAGAAUGUGUGCUUUUAUUUAAAAUGCGUCUCUGGGUUAUUUGCGGGGCAUAGGAAUUUGUUCGCUUUUUUUCUUUCAAAAUAUAGUCCAGCCCCCCACAAGGUCUGAGGGACAAUGGACCGGCCCCCUGCUGUAAAAGUUUGCUGACCCCUGCUUUAUUCAUUCUGGCUAGGAAGUUAGAUGUUGCCCACCUUUUACUAAAUAAUAAUAAUAAUUAAGAGUACCAAUAGGGUAGGCAACCUAAGGCCCGGGGGCCGGAUGCGGCCCAAUCGCCUUCUAAAUCCAGCCCGCGGAUGGUCUGGGAAUCAGCGUGAUUUUACAUGAGUAGAAUGUGUCCUUUUAUUUAAAAUGCAUCUCUGGGUUAUUUGUGGGGCAUAGGAAUUUGUUCAUUUCCCCCCAAAAAAUAUAGUCCAGCCCCCCCCCAAGGUCUGAGGGUCGGUGGACCGGCCCACAGCUGAAAAAGGUUGUUGACCUCUGCCAUAUUCUCAGCGACCCUGUUAGCUAGCCAAGCUAGGAAUGUUAUCUCAUAGGUUUAUCCUGUGAUCAAGAGGAUUUAUUGAUUACACAAAUGUAAAGGAUAUUGCCUGCCCUCUGCCCCCAAUGCACUCUAGACUAUGGACUUGUCAAGCUGGUUUCCCCAGCCACUCUCUGAUACCUGUUUCUGACAGCCAUUUCAAAGCUUCAGGAGCAAGCAGAAGAACAAGUCUGCAAAAUGACUAUAACCACCUGAGAUGCACAGUGAAGUCUGUCUUUACCUGAGGCCCCAAAUGGAAGAAGCCUACAAAGAAGAAAUUAUAUAUAUAAGAAAUCAAUUGCUUUACUCCAGGCCUGUUAAAAUAUGCUCUCCCUUAAGCCUUGAUUCACUGCCAGUAUUUUCUGUCUCAUUAAGCCAGUGUGCAUCAGCAUUAUUAGGACCCCUUUUUUAUUUGCUAUUUACAAUCAGGUACAAGGUGGGAGAAAGAAAAAAACCUGUCCUAUGAACACUGCACACAGAUUCCUAAAUAAAUACCUGGAAACACUAGCAAAGCAAUCUGGGGUGCAGGCUUCUUAGCUGUCAGUCCUGUGCAUUGGAAUAAGUUGCAAUUAAAUUAGGGUCAGUAUUCUUACGUGGUUGUGCAUACUGGUGGCACUCAGCAAAGCAAUAAUGAACGUCAAUUUAUUUUCUGUUUGAAAACAACACAAAGCUUCUGAAAGGGCACCACCCAAUAUAAGUAAAGUCUUAUCAAAAACAAUACCAGUCACUAACUUUGUCUUCCUCCUGCACAGUCUUUGCUUUCGCAUAUUUUAAUUAUUUUUCCCCUUUUGCACAAAGGAUCUAUCGGUAUCAGGUUUACGACUAUGCCUUCAGUAGCAACGAGGGUUUACUUCAUGCCCUCGGAGGGGCUGACUUCGUUCAGAUGCUAAAUGUUACCAUUGAUGAGGCCAUGCAGAAGACCAGCUUCUCUCAGAAGUUCAUCAAUGAGAUGGUGACUCCAGUUAUGAGAGUCAACUAUGGCCAAGGUGCCAACAUCAAUAGCUUUGUGGGUAAGUGGCAGUGCUUCUUUGCAGAUUUGUAUCUUGCCAUAUCUUGAAGGUUCAAGGAAUUGAAAAUAAAAGCUGCUGAUUUUCAUAAUGCUGUUAUACAAAUCCAUAUGGUGUGCAAGUAGAUAAACAGGUACUGCUCUGGCUGGAAGGUAAACGGAGUUUCCGUGCACUGCUCUGGUUCACCAGAAGUGGCUUAGUCCUGCUGGCCACAUGACCCGGAAGCUGUACGCCGGCUCCCUCGGCCAAUAAAGCAAGAAGGCUGCUGUGAGUUACACUCUCUGAUUGGGCCUGCUACAUUGUGUAGUCCCCAAGGACAUCUAUACAGGGCCUGGGUGCCCGUGAGAUGGGCUGAGGCAGCCGCCUUGGGUGGCAGAAUCCCUUGGGCAGCAAAACCCCUGAAGGUAUCCUGCCCGCCCCUGCCAGGGAAGCAAGGAGCAGCAGCAGCGGCUUGUGACGAGACUUCACUGGAAGCCCCUGUGCAACCUCAGCAAGCGAGGCUUUGGCGGUGGUGGCACCUUACCAUGUUGCCUCAGGUGGCAAAACAGGACGGGUUGCCCCUGCUCCUUAUUUUGUUUUUUGUCUGUCUUAAAUUAUGGUUUAUUGUAGAUUACCUAUUUGUGUGUGUAUGUACUAUAUACAUUGUGUAAAGUUUUAUUCACACUUUUGUACACCCUCCCCCCCAGGAAUCUUCUGGUGAUAAAGAAAUAAUAAAAAGAAAUAUUCUAAUAUUAGAUAUACAAUCUUCAAAUGCUUUUUUCUUCACUGUUAGUUGUAGAGUUCUGCAGCUUUGUGUGAAAUUUUAUUAUUGCCUCCCUGGUAGGUGCCGUAUCUUUGGCAGGCGCCGAUUCUGGACUUUGGUCAGUAGAAGGUGGCAACAAACUGGUAUGCACUGGCCUUCUUUAUGCUUCUAAAGCACAACUGAUUUCUGGCACUGUUAUUGCUCUGGAAGAGAAAACGCUGAAAAGGGGACGCUUAGGUGAGCUUGCUACAACAUUCUUACACUUGGGAUGCAGUAGAAAAAAAUUAGAAUCUGCUGGUUGAGAUAUAUUGGUUUGGAUAGGGGAAGUCAGAACUGGCUGGGUAGAUGAAAGGAAGGGGCAUAGAUGUAGAUAAUAGAAGCCAGAAAGACUACUUGUAUUUGAAACUACAACUUUUUUCCUCUUCAAAGCCACCUGAAAUCUGCUGGAAAACUGACCUAGUGCUACAUCAGGCGGAUUACUCUUGAUUAUGUUUUAAAUAAAGAAAGUGUUGCUUUUUAAAAAGUACUUUGUCUGUCUCCCAGGAGAUACUGCGAAGCUGUAUGAAGUCACCUACAAUUCUACGUCAGGAUUGAUGUCAGAGCUGUACGACAUCAUUCUGAUUGCCACCCCGUUGCAGCGUAAAAUUGCCAACAUAACUUUCCGCAACUUCAAGCCACCCAUUCCCGAGUUCUCCCAGCCCUACCAUCAGACUGUGGCAACGUUUGUCCAUGGGCGCAUUAACACUUCCUAUUUUGGCUACCAGGAUCCUUCAAAGUUCUCUUUAACUGCCAUUUUCACAAUGGAGCACCCAAAGUUGUUUAUCAAUUGUAUUGGCAUUGUCUCUCCAGUUGAAGAUAAAACUAAGCCGCUUCUGAGCCCUGCUGUUUGGAAAGUGUUCUCACCCAAGCCUCUCACAAAGGAGCAACUGAAUUUGCUUUUCUCGUCUUACGAUUCUGUUGAAGUGAAGACGUGGCUUGCCUACCCACACUACAGCCCCCCAGAGAAAUGCCCCCCUAUCAUUCUCCAUGACAGAAUGUACUACCUCAACGGCAUCGAAUGGGCUGCAAGUGCCAUGGAAAUGAGUGCAAUCGCAGCCAAGAAUGCUGCUCUUUUAGCCUACCAUCGCUGGUAUGAUAAGGCAGACAUGAUUGAUCAAGAAGAUUUGCACGAGAGACUCAAAACAGAACUCUGAGGUAGAAUACACACGGCGGGGGAGGAAAUCUAGGUUGGUAUACUGUAUUUGGUGGGGUGGGGGAAGAGGAGAAGAGAGUGGAUCUGAGGAUUUAGCAAGCUGUAUCAGACCACGUGGUGCAUCAUCUACUGAAAGCUCUUUUACUAUAUUUACAGGAAAAGAUAGCAACGAGGCACAGUGGAGUGAAAGAAUAGCUGUCUUUGAGACAUGCAGCUUAAUUAAGGAUUUUACUUUGUUAGCAACAUGCAAGAGCCAUCAGGUGCUGGGCUGGGGUGGAUUAGCAACUGACAGCAAGUAGCUGAAAGAAAAGGAGGGGUGACAUUAAAUGAAAUUGUUACGAUUUUCCCAUCAGUAUACUGAUGCCCACGAAUUGUGUAUUGUCAUACUGUCCAAUUAUGUAUCUCCCUUUCAGAAGUCCCAAUCUUAUACACUGUGAUAAUGGAUAACUCAAGCCAUAUUAUUGCUAGACAAAGUAAGGUUUCUGAUGUUUAGCUGCGUCUGAUAUAAAAUACAAAUGUAGCCCAAGAGAGGGGACUGUGUGUAUUUAGUUGCUUACUAAGGGAGGCUACUUACAGUUGAUCCAGUUGACAGCCUUUUGCCAUGAGGUGCAAGACUGCUUUAAGCACAAUCUAAAUCCACUAAAAGUACGUAGUAGGAAAUUGAUUAUCUUAAAUGCACCUACGGCAUAGAUGCAGUUUAUCUGAUUCUAUGUAUUUCAGACUGCUUAUGCUGCCCACUAGUUGCACAUCAGGCACAAUAAUGUCGCAACAUGCCUGGUAAAAGAGCAUAAAGCUAGCACUGAAUACCAUUCUAUAAAAUUAUGUGCACUGACCUUUUGCUAGUAUUCAGAAAUUCUGAAUGAAAUCUGGCAAUUUCUUUUAGUCCCUCAGCAAAAGGAAGUAUGUAAUGGGUUCAUCUUCGUUAUCCCAAUGUGCUCUAGCACAGUCUCUUCAAAAGGGUAAGGUGCCUUAAUUGAUGAGCCUUACUGCCAAAAGUUUAGUUUACUGCUACAUGCUAGAACAAUUCGUUCUGUUUCUCAGAUGAAAGAAUUACAUGGAAGAAAACAGAAGAAGCCCUCAGUUUUAUCCUGUUAAUGCACUGAGAAGUCAACCAUGUAGACUUCAAACCACCCUGAAUUUACUUUCAAAAAAGUAGAGCAAGUUGAUCCAAUUUUAACAAUUUAUUUUAAAAAAAAAUCACAGAGUGUGAAAAAAAGAGUGUGUCAUGCCUGUAAAAUCUACAAUACAAAAACAAAUGUCCACAUUGUAGCUUGUUCCACUGGUUUGUUUAUACUCGUUCCAACGCUUCUAGCAUAAUGAUGCUGUUUCCACGUAUUACCUAGAAAUAAAAACACUGAAAGUUAAACACCAACCAAAUACUGCCAAGUGGCUUAAGGAAGAAGAUUAUAGACUCACAAAAGGGACCUGUUUCCCACAUCACGAAAGACAGCUGCAGAAAGUCACCACACUUCAGUGCUUAAGCUUUGUUAUUAUUAUUCCUACAUUAUUUGCUCAAAGCCUUUUAAAGGGCAAUAACAAAUAAUAAUCAUACUCCGGAGUUAACCCACUGACAACUCAAUUCAUUAUAAUUAGUCUAUUUAUGAUUAUGACUAACAGUGAACAUCACCCAAAGCACCUUAAUCUUCUAACUUAAAAUACCAAAAAUAAAAGGCAAGUCAUCACCUUGUACUGAAAGGACAAACUCUGUGCCAGAUGAGCUUCCUUAGGGAGAAAGUUCUGAAACUGCAGCGCAACCACCAAAGUUUAUCUCAUGUGUUCCUACCCAAUUAACUAAUGAGAAGAGAGAAAGCCGAAAAGGGCACAUCUAAGAUUUGAGAAGUUCAUGUGGAAAGAGGCAGUUCUGAAGGAGUCUAGACACAAAUCAUACACCUUGGCCAAUGUCAAGGUACCAGCUGUCCCAGGAACAUGGGACAAGAAAACAAGGGGUUAUGGAGAAGUCAGAGAAGAGCCUUCUGCAAGAGUUAAGAAAGAUCCACAGCUACACUUAAGAAUGUAAGAAGAGCCUGCUGGAUCAGGCCAAUAGGCGUCUGGUCCAGCAUCCUGUUCUCACUUGAGCACACGAGCCCACUCUUCUGUGGUUUCCAGUAACUUGUUUUCAGGAUUACUGCCUCUAAUAUUAUUUUAGGUUGGUCUCUUUAUUUUCCUCAUAACUCUUAAGUACACACACUCACUGCUCUGGGUGACCUCAUUUUAAGAAAAGGAUGUUGCUGAAGAUCCAAAAGUGCUGUAAAAUCCUUGAGGCUAAAAAGAUAUUUUCAUGAAGAAAUGCAGUUUGAAUAGUCACCCAGAGGAAGCCUUUCAAACAGAUCCUAAAAUUCUUACUUUGAUGAGUUCCAAAGCCACUGUACCACUUUUUGCCAAGUAUGAGUAGAGCUCUGGUAUACUCUAUUGUGAACAAGUCAUUUACAAAAGAAUAUGGAUAUUGCCUGCCUUCAGUGCAAACAUGCCUUUGGAGCAGUAUCCUGGUGUUCUUCAGAAGUGUUCUGUGAAAGUGGGUGGGAUGUGGGACUUAGGAGGUUUAUUUUGUCUACCUCUUUAGUUUAAUUCUUGUUCUUUUUAUCAUAGUAGCUUUUGUAAGCUUUGAAAAUUAAUAAAACAAAAUAAAAAAGUACUGCAAGAUUUUGGAUUACAGUUUGGUAUAGGACCAGGCAAAAGUGCAAAACCAUAUAGAUGAACUCCUGCAUAUUAAAAAAAAACUAACUCAAAGAUAUUUUUCUAGAAAAUGCUUUUGAUAAAUUCUCAAGUACAAUGGAUGACAUUAGCUUAGCUGCCUUUCUCGAUUUCUUUUUUUUAAUAAGAUAUUUAUUAAGAUUUUCAAAAUAUUAC